CAACGACGAUGACAUUAUUUUAUUUAUGCUGUGAUAGUGAAAUAACAACAAGACCAAGACCAACAACUGAAAUAACACCCAUUUCCCCAAAAUCAAUCGCAAUAUUUUCGAUGAGGGACGCGAAACGCAUGGAGGGUCUUCACUUUUAACGAUGAAAAAGAUAAAUUAACAAAAAGCUUUAACCAAAACAUAAAAAGAAACACCAAGCAAAUCGUUGCGAACCGUAUAGAUAAAUUAAUAUUUAAUUCAUAGUGAAAACAGCACCAAUUAGCGCAUAACCUAUAAAAUAUUAGUCAAUAUGUUUAGCUAGCUACAAUUUACAUAGAUAAUGUUUAAUUAGUGGCUUCAAACAAAACACCAAGCAACCAAACAACCAUACAACAAAGGGGAAAACCAAUACCUAGUUCGAUUGAACGGAACGAAAAACUAACGAAUAGCGAUUAGAAAAACUGGCCAACUGAUAAGGCUGGCGAAAAUAUUAAGCUUAUAGCAUAUAGGAAAUAAUAAUAGCAACGGCAACGGCAACCCACCCCUUCCCAACCGAAAGCCCCGAAAAGCGGAUUCAUUCAGUAAAACGUGCCACACAACCGGACGGCAGCGACGUCAACGGCGGCAGCGGCAGCGACGGACAACCGUAAAUGUCAAAGUCAUAAAGAGAAAGCACGGAAACGCCGAUGAGAGAAAGCUCAAAGGAAACGUCAAAACUAUGAGAUGCGAUAAAAGCUAGACAGUUCUUUUGGGAGAAGCAAUGCCAAGUGUCAAAAUCUCAAAGAGAAAGUACGAAGAGAGAGAAACAGCUUAACAAAGAAAACCUCGGGUUAUUUUGCUAACCAGUGGAUUAAACGAAACCGCCAUAAAAUAACGUAAACAGGAUAGUGGAAUGCUGACACAAGUAUCCGAUAACCUCUGCUUGAAUUCGAAAAAGAGUUCAGAAAAAGAAAAGGGAAAGAAACGUCACAAAAGGAGGUCAUCCAAAACGUCAGAAGAGAGGUCCUUGAUAAUUUGACACAAUUCAAAGCUUAACCAAUGAGAAAGCCUUAAGUGAAAGCUCAGGAUAAUAGCUUCAGCACAGCUUUUGGCCAAGACACAAUCCACUAAAAUCGAAUCCAAUGGCCAGCACAGCGUUGGCAACAGAUGGCGGUGAGGGUGGUCCAGGGGCAGGAGGAGCGCCGGCGGGAUCAGCGCAUCCCGACGACGCGAGCAGCAUGAGCGACGACGUCUUCGAGGAUGCGGAGACCACCCAGGCCAGGAUCGAGGAGCUGCGUCGCCGGCCCUUCGGCGAUGGCUGCUACAAUCCCCCCGCAGCGCCCGCCUCUGUUUCCGCCUCGAUAACAACUACAACGACGCAGCAGCAACACCAUCACAAUUCUUCGCAACAUCACCAACCUUCGCACCACCAACCAUCUCACCACCAUCACCACCACCACCACAACCAGCAGAGCUUGACGGGUAUCCAUCACUACCACGACGAUGCUAUCAUGGCGCCCGUCCAGCGCUCUGCCACCGGAUAUCCUGGCUAUCGUCCCUCCCGCGAGGCUAUGCAGAUGUAUGCGUACGGAACGGAUGACUACGACGAUGACUAUAACGAUGGUUGGCGAUCGUAUCGCUACGAUGAAGUGGACAUGCACCCAGCCCCGUCCACCGCCUAUCAGCAGCCCUUCGACGAUACGGUCAACCACAAGACGAUCCUGCUGGGAGAUUCUGGCGUGGGAAAGACCUCCUUCCUGGUCAAAUACAAUACGGGCGAGUUCCGACUGGGUUCCUUUUCCGCCACGGUGGGCAUCGCGCUUACGAACAAAGUGGUGGUCGUCGAUGGAACGCGCGUCAAGCUGCAAAUCUGGGACACAGCCGGUCAGGAGCGAUUCCGGAGCGUUACCCACGCCUAUUACCGCGACGCGCAUGCUCUGCUGCUGCUAUAUGACGUGACCAACAAGACCACCUACGACAACAUACGCGCCUGGCUGGGCGAGAUCCGGGAAUACGCGCAGGAGGACGUGGUCAUCGUUUUAAUAGGUAACAAGGCCGACUGCAGCGGCAGCGAGCGACAGGUGAAGCGGGAAGACGGGGAGCGUUUGGGGCGAGAGCACAACGUGCCCUUCAUGGAGACCUCGGCCAAGACGGGACUCAAUGUGGAGCUGUCCUUCACAGCGGUGGCCAGGCAACUGAAGAGUCGCGGCUAUGAGCACGGCGAUGAUGGAAAGUUCAAUGUGCAUGAUUUUGUGCGUGACAAUACAAAGGCGCGCUCGGUUUGCGCCCAAUGCAGGAACAUGUAAUUGUCAUUGGCCAACUUGUGGAUGAGAGAAGAGCCAUAUCCUCCCGAUCCCGCGCACAAAGAAAACAAUAACCCCGCAGUCCGUUCAGAUGGGAAGUGGGGCACUCGAAAGAAUACAGAAGGAUAAGUUGGCGGUGGCGCAGAGUCGAAAUUCUGCAUUUAUUGAAAGAAAACCCAAAACGACAAAAAAGAAAAUCACAAAGACACUCGAUAAGAUUGCACCAAUUUUGUAAGACCCUAGAGGGAAGGUAGAGAACUCGGCAUGUUUUGUAUGUAAUGGGGAUUUCGGGGCGGAACGGGACGCGACACGCAUAAUUUUUAUAGGGCAGGCCAUUGGCAUUGCGGCAUCAGUAGGCCCGAUGCAUAAAUAUUGAUCAAUAUAUAUAUAUAUGUAUAUAUAUACAUAAAAAUAUCCAUAUACAACUGCAUAAAUUACUUUAAUGAGAGAGCCGACGGAACGCAGAAAAAUCAUGCAACAUUGAGAUUUAUCCAGCACGCCGUUGGAUUUCUCUGAGGAUAGUACUGCUUGGAGAAUAUAGACCUACCUAAAACACCCAGAGGAGAUCUCGGGAUGCUACAAUUCCAAUUAAUGAGAAACAAUCACUCAAUUUACCUACUAUUAGUUCUAUUGAUUCACUCCUAUUUGUUAAGUGUUAUGGACUAUCGUUAAGUUUUAGGUCCACUCGAGGGCCCUGGAAAUUGUUUACAUUCCCCACUAAUGAAUACCCUACGCAAUUAAGUUAAUUAUUACUAAUUACGCCAGUGUAAACCCAAUCAUAAACCCAUUCGAAAAUAAUUUGAACAGCCCGCCCAGACAAAGGUGUUAGAAAUACUCAAAGGCAGUUAAACGAGUUGAACAUACAUAUACUAUAUUCUGAGGCACUACAGCAAAAGAUAAAGAAUCCGACGCAUGCGUAUAUCACGGGAUGGAUGUAAAUUAGCUACUAAACAGCGUUAUAUUCAAGCAGACGUCAAGUCUAUACC